UCAGAUGCCUGACUUUUGAAUGUUUCUGAAAGCAAGCAUGUUGGUGAACACCUUUAUUUUAUUGUCCAUUCUGAUAUAUGUUUCAGGAACAUUAUAUGGGCCAAGGCUGCUGAUAAGUCAUGAUGGAGGAUCAGUGACAAUCAAAUGCUACUAUAAAACUACCACAGCCAAUAGACAUGGCAGAAAAUAUUGGUGCAAGGAAUCAUACACCCCUAGAUCUUGCCAGACUAUCAUUUCAACUAACCGUUUCACCCACCAAGACUAUGAAGGAAGAGUGUCAAUGCAUGAUAGCCCUCAAAAUGGGAUUUUGCAAGUGGUGAUGACACAGCUGGUGAAGACAGACUCCAGUAAUUACAGAUGCGGCAUUGGCAAUACAAAUAAUGGUUUAUAUGCUGGAGUGAAUCUAACCAUUUGGGAAGGUCCAAAUCUGCCUGUAUCACCUGAAAUUUUUUGGGGUAAAUUGGGAGGCUCAGUGAUGAUCCAAUGUCCAUCUGAAACUGCUGGCAUAAAUGGGACGAAAUUCUUUUGCAAGAUGAGAAGAUCUGGCUGUUCUCCCAUACUAGAGACUAGCAUGAAUGGGAUAAAACAGCAGGAAGGAAGAAUUAUUUUUACUGCUGGAGAUAGCUCAGAAACUUUCAAAGUCUUCAUAAACGAACUGAGAAGAGAAGAUAAGGGGAUGUAUAAAUGUGGAACAGGAACACUUGAUAACAAUGCGAGCUCAAGAACCAUACAACUGGAAAUUACAGAAGAAUCUGUUUUCUCCAAUAUCUUAAGUGAUGCAAAAGCCAUAUAUGAACUACCAACAAUCAGUACAUCCGGGGACAGAUAUAUGACAUCUACAAAUGUGACAUCUACAAAUGAAAUGUACAAUGAAAGAUUUUCUAAAACUGAACUAAAUCCACUUCCAAUUGUGAUACCAGUUCUUGUUGUACUUCUUGUUCUUGCUGCCAUUGUUUCAACUAUGAUUCUUAAGAUAAGGAAGCGAAAGAAGGAUGCCUCAAGUGACAUUCCUGCAAGAAAUCCUGAAGGAGAAAUACGACUGACUGGCCAAAAGCGUUCAGAGGAGCAUCCCAGGGAGGAGCACAUAGGAUCAGCAAGUGAACAGGAAUCUGCUUUAUACACUGACAAAGAGGUCCCAGUUGCACCUGACUAUUGCUUGCUUGGCCAUAUUCCAAAUCCUGAAGACUUGAGAGAAACUGACUGACUGCCUUUCACAUUGUUUGCAUACGCUUAAUAGAGAAUUUUCAUAUAUAUAUAAGUUCUGUUUGUUUCAAAACUCUCUCUCUCUCUCUUCAUUCUGUGGCUGACAGGCAGCCUUUCUUAUCACAUUUCCCCCUCCUGAUAUUGUAGCACCUCAGUCAUUAAAUUAAAUUAAAUCAGAAAUGCCAUAUGAGGCAGAUUUAUCUUUAAAAUAUCAACCAGGAUCCACACAACUGCAAAACGAAUAGUUCUGUGUGCACUCAAGGGGUUUUUGGAUUUAUAUGUGUGUUGAGCAGUAGCUUUUAGAAAUUAAGGGAAG